AUGCAGUUGUCUUUUUCAUACUCACCCCAAGUCUUCUAUCAGGUUCACGCCGACGCAUCCAACUUUGCCGCCGGCGUCACCAAGGAGCAGGCAUACGAGCAGGUCCUAGUCCAGGCUGAGGGUUUGUUCUAUGAGCAGAGGAACUGGUCUGACUCCAACAACGACAGCAACCUAGCCAACGCUGCUUCCCUACUAUGGCACGCCUAUAAGUCUUUACCAGGGCCAAGCAACCAGGUAAACUGGGCAGGCUUCUACACCUUGGACCCAAAGUCCUCGGCCACCAAGCCGCAGCUCAUCCUGGGCCCGUUCCAGGGCAAAGUCGCUUGCCAGACCAUAGCCUUUGGCCGGGGCGUGUGCGGCGCGGCGGCGCGCACCCAGGCCACGCAGCUGGUGCCCGACGUGGACGCCUUUCCGGGCCACAUUGCCUGCGACGGCGACAGCCGGAGCGAGAUUGUCGUGCCCAUCGUAGUGCCGGCAGAGGGCGCAGUCGAGGGGGAAGAGGGCGGUAGCGCCAAGAAGCUCGUGGCCAUUAUCGAUAUCGACUGUGCCGUGGUUGACGGGUUCGACGAGGUUGACCGCCACUACCUGGAGCGGUUGGCUGAUAUCCUCGGCAAAGGCUGUGACUGGUGA